UGUGCCGCGUUACAAUGCUCUACGCACCUGUGAAUGGUCCCGAAUUCACAAAUGUGUACGAGGAAAAUGAGCAAAGGCCGGAAAAGUCUCCUCCCUCAUGCCCCGAGAAAACCUCUCGAAGGAAAAGUCAAGUCGGGCGUUUUCCUUCCCCGCCGACCAGGCAAAGAAAAGGCGAGUUCGGUUCACAGCCAAUGAUCGUGCUCCCCUGUUGAACGCUUGGCGGCCCUCAGUUCCAUUCUUCGAGUUUACACUGCGAGAGAACUGGCGCGUUGAUGUAAUAAUGGUGAUAUAAUAAUAGCAAAAAGUACAUGCAUGGAUGGUGUAGCAGAUCGUAUAAAGAGGGGCGAGAGAGAGAGAGGCAGAGGCAAAAGGCCAGGGUGGUUUUCUCCUUUCUUCCUCAGGCGUCAGGCGGGACGUGAGUGCACGUGGGCGAAGAGGGACGCGGAUUUUCUGCUAGGAUCACCCAACCCCCUUCCCCAAAAGCCUUGGAUGAGAGAGAGGGACACUGUAAAUUAGGAUCACAUCACCCCUUCUCUCUCUCUCUUCUCUCCCUCCCUUUCUCUCUCUGAAAUUUUGUAGUUUCAGAGAGGGAAAAAUAUCUGGGGUGUAAUUUCUCUCUUGUCCUGCAUGUCAGAACUCUCCUCAGGGUGUACCUUGAGUUUCACUGUGCGUGUUCUUAUCUUGUAUGGUUUCGUUCGAAGGAGUUGAGUAUGCUUGUGCAAUGAGUGACACUCAAUGGGAUGCCUCCUUCCAAAACUGAGUUAGGAAGCUUUGCUUUCAUGAGAGGACGAAGACAAUACUCUGCGUAUGUGCCUUUCGUGAAGGGAAGGUUCCUUUUCUCAGUUCAGGGAUAUGCCCACUUUAUGAGGUAGAUAGUAGAAAAUACGAGCCCACCCGAUGCACGGUACUGCAAGUUUAUAGAACGCAGGAAUCAUAAUGGGUGGCUGUGUUUCAACCACAAAUAAGCAAGUUAGGACACGUAGUAGAUACUUUAGAAGACCUGGGAAAUGGAACCGAAAGAUAUGCAGUUCUGUUGUCGAUGCGCCUAUAAGGAUGAGUGAUGCUGGAAAUAGUGUGGGAGAUAUUUCCAUGAGUGAGUUAGUUCAUCUGGAUUUCGACAAAGGUGCUGCAACUGCUUGCAAGAGAUCAGACGUCUCCAACAUGACAUUGCACUUAACUCAAUUGCAAUGGAACCAUAGUCAAAUUGAUGAAAACGGAAUAUACCAGGAAGAAGCUUGGUUUGACUCGGUCAGUAUCCUAGAGUCCGAUUCAGAUGAUGAUUUCAUUAGUUUACAAGGAGAUGGUUUUCCUUCUGUAGGUAAUGCCGCCGGGGCUAUACAUAGUGGUCAAGUUCUUCCGAAUGAGAGUGAAUUACACUGUAUAGAUGCAGGGCGUAAAUGCGAGGGCUUUUGUGACAGUAAUGUAAAAAUAGAUGGAGGUGUACAUGAGCCCAGAGAAAAAUUGCAGGAAAACAACAGGAAAACUUGCAUAGCUAAGUUGCAACCUUCAGGGAACUCUGAUUGGAAGAACCAAAUGCCCAUGAGUCCUGUGUCUUUGCAACGAAAGAAGUCCAGAGUUAUCUUGCUGUCUCUCAAGAGGAAAUCCUCUGAUGGGGAAGAAACCUUUAACGAAUAUUGCACAUCGGAGAGGUUCAUAUAUAGGCCUAGAGCAGGACUUCUAUUACCAUGUUCAAAAGCAGAGAAGCCAAGUGCAGGAAGUUGGUCUGUAGUCUUGCCUUCGGUCUUUAAACUCCGUGGAGAAAAUUAUUUCAGGGACAAAAGGAAAUUUCCAGCUCCAGAUUGUAGCCCUUAUGUGCCCAUUGGGGCUGAUUUAUAUGUUUGCCAGCGAAAGAUACAUCAUAUUGCUCAACACCUCGAUCUUCCCUCUGUCAAAGGGCAUGACAAAGUGCCCUCUCUUCUAAUAGUUAAUAUACAGCUUCCAACCUACCCCACAACCAUGUUUGGUGAUAGUGAUGGGGAAGGAAUGAGUCUUGUGUUAUAUUUCAAAGUAUCCGAUAAUAUCGAUACAGAAAUUUCUCCUCAGUUUCAAUAUAGCAUCAAGAGAUUGGUCGCAGACGAAAUGGAAAAAGUUAAAGGGUUUGCAAAGGAGAGCAUAGUUCCUUUUAGAGAGAGGCUGAAAAUCAUGGUUGGGGCGGUCAACCCAGAGGACCUUCAACUUAGUUCAGCAGAAAGGAAGCUUUUGCACGCUUAUAAUGAAAAGCCUGUUCUCUCGCGUCCACAACACAAUUUCUUCAAGGGACCCAAUUAUUUUGAGAUUGACCUUGAUAUACAUCGGUUUAGCUACAUAUCUAGGAAAGGAUUAGAAGCUUUUAGAGAUCGUUUAAAGAACGGCAUUCUUGAUCUGGGUCUAACGAUACAGGCACAGAAACAAGAGGAACUUCCUGAGCAAGUUUUGUGCUGCGUGCGUUUGAAUAAGAUCGAUUUUGUUAAUCAUGGCCAAAUACCAACAAUAGUGACCCGUGAUGAAGGUUGAUAUCUUAGAUGACAGAGAGCACACGCUACAUCGGCACAGAGGGGGACUGAGAGCGGUUCUGUCAACUGGUCUAUAAUUUCAGAAAAACGUGCUUAUUCUUUCGUGAGGAGAGAAGAGGAAGGAUGAGAAUAGCAGGGAAUGUAAUGUUUCAACGCAAGCGUUUCAUAUCCUGCCAACAAUCGUGCCGGGAUGUGUUCUUGAAUAAAAUUUAAUUGAUUCUUUUUGUAUUUUCAAGGGAUCCUAAUUAGUGCUUUGUUUUCAACUUUACCAGCUAAGAAAUCUGUGAUUUUUCUGGACCA